AUGCGUUUCGAAUUCCCCGACGAGGAUAUCAUGUUGAUUAGGGAUUGCAACAUCCCUGGUCCCGAGGAAGGACCCGAGCCUGGAUCUCGAUGGACCAUGGUUUUUGAUGGAGCUUCUAAUGCUCAUGGCAAUGGCGUUGGGGCAGUAAUCACUUCUCCAACUAAUUUCCACCUCCCCUUCACCGCCCGAUUAUGUUUUGAAUGUAUAAACAAUAUGGACAAAUACGAGGCUUGUAUCUUUGGUAUUGAAGCUGCUAUCGAUCUUAGAAUCAAAAUCCUAGAAGUCUAUAGAGAUUCAGCCUUGGUAAUCAGCCAAGUCAAAGGAGAUUGGGAUACUAGAGAUCAUAAACUCAUUCCUUACAAAGAGCAUGUCUUGAAACUAGUCCCCUACUUCGAUGAAAUUACAUUCCACCACAUCCCUCGAGAAGAGAAUCAGCUAGCUGACGCUUUGGCAACUUUGGUGCCCAUGUUUAAAGUUAAGUGGAAGAACGAAGCACCAUCCUUUCACCUGAACUACUUGGACGAACCUGCUUACUAUAUGCAGCAGAAGACGAAGCUGACGGUCAUCCUUGGUUCCGCGACAUCAUGA